UGAGAAUGACCGCCCUGGCAUGGCAAUUACGGCAACGGGGCACUGUGUCCGUGACUGGUACAUUUGAUCACAGGCCCUGACGGGUGCCAAGGCAAGGGCGACACGGCUAUUCGACAGCAAGGUCAUCUACUCCCGAGCGAGGCUAGAAUAGCCAACAGGUUCAGAAGCAUCCCUGGCACCUUGACACCUUGACUCCCCUCUUUGUACUUGCCUCAUCGCUCCUCAGCAGCGACAUGCAGUCUCUACCACUUUCUCACCAGAGCGUAGCUCUUGCCCAGCCCACAUACUCCUUUUCUAUCCCUACAGCGUACCUUCAUGAGCCUCGGCGCCCGCCUGUGCCCAUCACAGCACCUGUGCCGGCGUCCAUGGAUCCAGGCCUGGAUCAGGCGCUGCGUCGGGACAGUCAGCGUAUAGCAGACAUGGGAAGGAGAGUCAGCGCUCCCACUGCCGCUCUACCUUACUGUGACACAAGAGGCCUCCCAACAGCACAGCCCUCACCGAAUGUGCCGACCUGUACUCGUCCGCCUGCGAGACAAGGGCCGACCCAGAUAGGCAAAGAUAAAUACGCGCUUGCCUCGUCGAAGUCUGUGGCCACGCAAUCUCGACAGAGCGCCUCGAGUACAGACUCCAAAGCGCGUCCUCAGUCGGCCGCAAGCUGCGUCUCAGCUCGAUCCAGUGCACCGACCUCCAUACGGAACAGUCCUGGUCCCUACAAAGAAAGAUUAGGAGGACGCAAGCCUCAAGAUGAUAGCUCCAUAAAUCACGCUGAAGCUGGUUGUUCUGAUGGGGACACAAACAGCCGCCUGGCGACGGCGAGUACUGUUCGUAGUACUGUGUCGUACUCGGCGGCUGGAGCUUCGACCAAUCAAUCUGGUCCGUCACGCUUUGACCCUCGCACGUCAGGCAAGGCCUUGUGCCCCGUACAUGGCACUCGACCUCUGGGCACUAGGCAGUCUUACCAGAGUCUAGCAGACUUGCUCCUGCCCGCAACCGCGUCAAAGCAGGACACUCUGGACAGUUCUGUCGCUGCAAAGUCUUGCCUCCCCUUCGAUCAGCCAGCCCCUCCUCACCUGACGAAAUUCAACGAGCUGCGAACCGAAGGCAAUAGUAGAGAGGCGGCCCGCAAUCUGAAGUCGGCCAAGACUGCGAGCUUUGUACCAAAGCAGAAAGUACAAGCCUCCACAAAAGAGUCCAAUGUGGUAACGGCUCAGCUGACUGCUCCAACAGCUACCUCUGCGGCCGACACUACGAUCAUGAACGACGCAGAGCGUCAUUACGCUCUUCUUCAGGCAAUGCAUGCUGCAGAGGUGACACAUCUGCACCCGGACACGUCCUACUUUACGGCCAAGAAUGGAUGCGAAACCAUCUUCAUGCCUCGGCCGUCUCUGAAUCAUUCUACCAGCGAGUCUGCCGGCACCACUGGCUGCAUUGCUUUCCCCCGCGAAUGUCACGAGACGAUCAAUCCGGCGCAAGUCGGCGAAAUGGACUCCGGGAAGGAGCAGCCGAGAGCCGGCACCAGGAGGACCUUCGAACGCAAUCGGAGAUUGACUCACUGUGGUAGCGUCCACAAGGCGACAAUGGAAGAUGCGCUGAAGUCGCAUCCACUGCCUUGCACAGCUCACCCGCCUUCUUUGCGAGGUAGUGCAUCUCUGCUUGAUCUCACUAAGGUCGUGCGAAAUGUACCGGGACAGACAUUGCAACGAUUUCCUCCGAAGCCGGUCCCCUCGUGCAGCGAUACCGUACGAGGGACUUUUGCUGGCGCUACGCCGUCUGCUGUAGCGUCGAUCGGGCGGACAAAGAGCGAAGGCAAUUUGCGCCGCUUGGCGGAAGGUCAGAGCCACCGCAACACCUUGGUACCUUUGCGCAGUACCGUUCGCAUUGCCUCUGCCGUCGAGGAUGCAGACGAUGUGUCAAUGCCUUUCGACCCGAGCGAGGUUGUUCGACGCGGGAGUGAAUUUGAGGCAGAGCGCUUGGCGUGGAGACGAGACUUUGAGCGGUCGAUCGAAGGGAAGAUUAUUGCUGGCUGCGCGCCCUUUGUAAGAACACGGUGCCGUAGCAAGCCUCGCAGUCGGGAAGCUGUCCUCGAAGCAGGUCCUCAUCAUUCGCACUUCAGCAUCAGACGGUCCAAGAAAGAGUCACUGCAGCCUGAUUCCGUCGUGCCUCCGCGAAGCAGCGAGGCGCGAGGCUUGGCUGCUGGUGACACGUCAACGAGAGGCAGCCACAAUGCGGCAGACAAGCACAGGACAAUGGGUACAAAGAGGAUUGACACAGCACCUGAGAAGUCUCACGGCAAGCUCCCAGAUUCAAGAAGACGCUUCCCCGGUGGGACCUCGACCAAUCUCGCAGCCGACCAGACGGCAAGCCCAAGGUAUCCGGGCCGACAAGCUGGAGGUUUGCCUGCGCCUGAAAAAGUCACUCGAGCCCUCGCAAGGAGCAGCUCCCAAUCCUCGACUGCCCUGGGACAGGCACUUGCUCCUCCGCAGCGCCCCUCUAUACUGCGACAGAUUAGCAUACCAAGGAAAGCUCCACCUGCACGCCCCUCCUCGACGGCCGGCGAGAUCAUUGCUUUCGACCUAGCAGCAGCAGGCGACCACUCCAAGAGGGUCACCGCCAGGUUUUCCAGUAAAGGCACUGCUGAAAGGAUAGGGUCAUCCAUCAGCUCGCAAAGCGCUGAUAGCGAAGAGCUGGUCCUCAUCGGUAGGCCGUCCCAAUGCGCAGACGUUGAAUUCCUCGACUCGGAUGCUCCAGCCGAGAAAUGGCACACACAGAGCCUGGGCUCACAUGAUGGCAGCGAAUCUAUGCUAGCAUUAGAGGCCGAGACGAUGCUGCUCCAGCAAGGCACUACAGUGUCAGAACGCUUGACUGUCGACGAGGUCAGCACGUCUGGUGGCAGCUUGGCAACAGCUCGAAUGGGAAGCAGCUCCUCAAGGAGGACCAUCGUGCCUUCCCCGCCACCCCGACCUCACCCCGAUGAGCCUCUCCCGUCCAUUCCCACGAGACUCUCUUCAGCUCCACAAGAAGCAUUUGACAGCUCUGAAGCCCUUGCAGGUCGAGCAGACGCCAGUAGAAAGUCGUGUGAAGUGCGCUCGACGGCCAGAGCCUCGAGGAGUAUUGGGCGACCCGACUCCCUUCUAGAGCCACUGUACGAUGGUCCGACAACGCCGGCGCAAAGUGCGCCUCCGCAAGACCUCCCGCCUGUCAUAGGAGAGUUCUGAGCGAUGGCAGAAUGGUGCCUACCGAAAUCUUCGGCAGGAAAGAUGGAAUAGGCCGAAGAGCCUCAUCGUAUCGAAUAUUGGGUGGGAGCGUUCAGUGACCGCUAAUCAGAUAUCAGGGCUGCUACUCUCUUUUCUUUGUUAACGUUCCUUCCAUUGUCGUCAUAUGUACAGCUUCUUUAUCAGACCGCUUCAUUGA